AUGACCGAGUACACCGAGCACUACCUUGCGACGGGCGCGCUACCGCAGAGCAAGGUGCUCUCGACGCCACUCGCCCAUGUGGCUCCGCAGCGGCGGGAGCUCCUCGCACGCAAAGCAGCGCAGCUCCAAGCGCAGGCCACGGCACCGCACCGCGUCCACUUUGCACCAGGCAUGGAGCUGACGGAGCUUGGCAUGCAAUUCGAUGCCAUCGUCGUCGACCCGCCGUGGGCCGAGGUCGCCUCGGGCGGCGAGGCGGUAUGGACAGCGCAGGACCUGGCGCGACUCGACGUGAACGGGAUUGGAGCCUAUCCCGGCGUGCUCUUGCUAUGGUGCGGAUCCGGUGGCACGUACGACGGCGUCCACUCGCACUUUGACGAAGCGUGCGACUUGCUCGCUACUUGGAAUUACCGUCUCUGCGAAGUCCUUACGUGGGCCAAGGUCCAGGACGUUAGUGAGCGCUCGAGCCACGGCCUCGUGCGUCGAUCGAAAGAGCUCUGUCUCGUCGCGCUUCGCGACCACGUCUGGCGCGACACGUCCGGGCAUUUCGUCCACGCCAAUGUUGACACCGACGUCAUCGUCGCCCCGUCGACGAGAGGUCGAGUUAAACCUACUGCGUUUUACGAGGUCGUCGAGCGCUUCUGCCUCGGGCGGCGUCGACUAGACGUAUUUGGCUCCACCACUCGGGACGGGUGGGUGACGCUCGAUCGCUUGGCGGAUGCGUCGUGCGUCUUUGAUGCGCCAUCGUACGAGGCAGAGCUCGUCAAAACAGCGGCCAACCCCACGACACCUUGUGUGCUCGGCGUCGACAACGACAUUGAGAUGCUACGGCCCAAAGCCCCGCAGCGAUUUGCCAAAGGCGCCAAGGCCAAGCCAAAGAAGACCCCUAUUGCGUAA